UGUCUCAUGGUGUGCCUAUAUAAGUCACUGCUUCGUUGCUUUACAGAAGUGUACGAGCCUCCUAGCUAGCAAGUUGCAAAUUAAGGAGUGGUAUAGCCGAUUCUUGCUUACUUUCAAUCUGCUUUUGCUUCGGUUGCCGGAGUACCGAGGGAAGAAAAUAUGAAGACGCAGAUGGUUAUCAGGAUCCACGUCAACUCCGACAAAGCCUAUUCCAAAGCUAUCAAGGUGGCUGCUGGGGUCACCGGGGUGCAGUCUGUAACGAUCGCGGGAGAGGAUAAGAACCUGCUGCUGGUGAUCGGCGUCGGGAUCGACUCCAACCGCAUCACCGAGAAGCUGCGCCGCAAGGUCGGCCCCGCCGAGGUGGUGGAGCUGCACACCGUCGACCACCACCACGACGGAUCAAACCACCACGGCGGCAACCACCACCCUUACCGCCACCACCCGAACCAGAGCCUGUACAAGCACGAGGCCGCGCGCGACCUCCACUACUACACCGGGGGCUACCAGAACGCGGCAGGAGCGUACGGGCAGGACUACUACGGCUACGGCGGUGGCUACCAGCAGGGCCAGCAGUACAAGCAGCACGACUACUAUGCCUAUGCGCCGACGCCGGGGAACACCCACACGGUGGUGCACCACGGCCACAACGGCUACUCCGAUGACAGCUGCUCCAUCAUGUAGCAACAGCGACGUACAAGGUAUAUAUACCGUGUGGUGACGACUGGAGAAUCGAUUGCUGGUGUGUGCGCCAGCACUCAGCAGUACGUUCCAAAUCCAUGUAAAUACUGUACAGCAGCCCAGGAACCUCAACCUGCGCGCGUUUCAUGAUUGUGUCUGUGAAUAUACGUAGCUCCCAAACGUCCCAACUAUGUACGUUGUGAAAUGUAUGCUAAGUUCUACUCUCUUAUUAGAACAGAAAGAAGUAGAAUCUGUAAUUAUAAGAUGAACAAUGCUCCCUUCCUA